AUGGCUCCUGCAGAGAUAAGCGAGUUGAAGGAGCGAUUGGAAGAUUUGUUAGAAAAGGGGUAUAUAAGACCUAGUGCAUCGCCUUGGGGUGCACCAGUGUUAUUUGUGAAGAAGAAAGAUGGAACAAAGAUUGAGGCAGUAAAGAGUUGGCCUAUGCCAAAAACCGUAUCGGAUAUUAGGAAUUUCCUAGGUUUGGCAGACUAUUAUAGGCGUUUUGUGAAAGACUUUUCGAAAAUUGCUAAGCCUAUGACCACGGUAAUGAAAAAGGAUAAGAAGUUUGAAUGGGAUGACAAAUGUGAAGAGGCAUUCCAAAUCAUGAAACAAACACUAAUAACAACACCAGUGCUUAAACUGCCAGAUGAUAGUGGUAUAUAUGAUGUGUAUAGUGACACAUCUAAGAAUGGUCUAGGAUGUGUACUUAUGCAAAAUGGGAAAGUGAUUGCUUAUGCAUCAAGGAAGUUAAAAGACUCAUGA